CCCAGUCGCGCAGCGGGCGCCGGCGCGGCAGCAUGGAGCAGCAGCAGCAGAAGCGGCAAGCGCCCAGGGGCUCCCGGCGUCUCCAGUACGCCGCAGCCUUCUCCGCGACGCUGGGCUACGUGACGUUCGGUGCCUUCCUGGGCUGGGGAGCGCCGGUGCUGCCGCGACUCACCUCCAACUCGUCGCACAUCCCUACCACCGAAGACGAGGCCUCCUGGAUCAUCGCGUCGAGCUCGCUCUCCAUGGUGUUCCCCAUGCUCUUCAUCGGCCACCUAGUUGACAUCGUGGGCCGCAAGCGGAUGUUGCUGUGCACUGUGUUCCCCCACUCGGCACUCUGGCUGAUCCAGAUCUUCGCCACACAACCCUGGGAGUUGAUGUUGUCCCGCGUCAUCGGAGCCAUCGCGCAGUGCAUCGUCCUGGUCGCCUCCCCUUGCUACCUCGUCGAGAUAGCCGAGCUCGAGAUCCGCGGAACAUUGAUCACUAUCUACCAGGUGAUGCAGAACCUGGGCACGCUGGUGGUGUUCUGCGUGGCGCCGUACGUGCACUUCCGCACUCUGGCCGGCAUCCUGCUGGCCUUCCCCCUGCUGCUGGUGGCCACCCUCUCGUGGAUGCCGGAGUCCCCCACCUACCUGCUGCUCAGGGGGCGCAACAAGGAGGCCCAGCAGUCGCUCGUCAGGCUGCGCGGCAUGAACAACUUCGAGGAUGUGGAGGAGGAGUUCGCGGCGAUGCGCCGCGCGGUGGAGGAGCGCAACAGCGACCCGCUGGCGCGCGGCGGAUACGCGGCGACGAUGCGCGAGCUGGUGUGCGACCCGGUGAACCGGCGCACGCUGCUGCUCGCGUCGGCGCUGCAGGCGCUGCUGCUGUGGUGCGGCUUCCUCGUCAUGAUGACGUACGCCACCUUCUUCUUCAAGCUGUCCGGCAGCUCGCUCGACCCCGACCUAUCGUCCAUCUCGCUCGCCGUCAUCCAGCUCAUCAUGAGCGUUGUCGCUUCCGUCGCCGUCGAGCGCUUCCGCACGCGCAAGAUACCGCUCAUGGUGUGCUUCUCGGGAGCCUGCCUGGCGCUCAUCUCAGAAGGCUUCUACUUCUACAUGAAGGACGGUCUCCACGCCGACGUGUCUUCCAUUGGCUGGCUUCCACUCACGGCUCAUAUCGCUUUCUUGAUCUUCAACACAUUGGGCCCAGGAGCCCUCAUAUGGACUGUGUGCGGCGAGGUGUUCAGGCCGCGUGUCAAGGGCGUCGCCAUGUCGGUGUUGUCCAUCGUCAACUGCGGAUCGGCGUUCGCCACACUCAAAACCUACCACCUCAUGUACACCUAUUUUGACCUGUACUACUCCUUCUGGAUGUUCGCCACCAUCUGCUUGGGGGGAAUGGUGUUCGUGUGGCAGCUUGUUCCCGAGACCAAGGGCAGGCACCCAGAGGAGGUGGCACUCGAGAUAGCGGGGCUCAAACCCGGCCGCACUGCCGACGUGCCCGCCACGGCAGAGGAGAUGCAGAAGAUCAAGGUGUAGCCCACACACGGAGACGCAGAGGAUGGACGCUGCUAGCCCAUACACGAUUAUGGUGUACCAUGCGACACCCUCGGUGUUGUGUAUUGUGCUGAUCGCUCUUGGAUGAGCUCGAGAUUUCAAGUGUAUCCAUGUUGACUCAACGACUAUGGCCAUCUCUUCGACCCACUCCAUUCAACAUUACGCUUCCCAAGGUGCUACUACGUCAGUUGCCUGACUAAAAACAAAGAAUUUUUGCAACUUCCUCGGCUGAUAUCUUCCUCGUCACCAGGAAGGAUAGUCUGCAGGCCUGUGGCAUCAUUUCGAUUAAUCCAGCCAACUGCGAACUGGACAACAUGUGUACUUCGUUAUACACAAAGCUGGGCUCCGUAUAAUGGAUGGGAACCUCAUUUACAAUGCAUUGUAUGUGGACAUACCUCGUAGGAUUCAGUUGCGACGUGUCUACCACAUUUACUCAGACAUAAAUAGAGGACGUGCGUUCGGUUCGUUGUAUGAGCGGAACAAAUUAAAUUACCCGUUCUUUUCCUCUGUUGUGCUGAUUCCUUAGAAAUUUUCUCUCUUCCAAGACCUUGAUAACAAAUAAAGAUAACAAAUACAGCCUCUACUAG